UUCAAUUUUAUAUCAUCGCAAAUUUCUCACAGACGAACAGGCCAGGCCGCUCCGCCUCUGCAUCGUUCUUACCUGUACGCCGAGCGGUCUCAAACGCCUCCUUAACUGCCAUCAUUCGCUUCUCUUUUCCUACCUUUAUCGAUCUCACAAGUGAUGGCAGCGCCGAGCCAAGCAAGCUUGCUCCUUCAAAAGCAGUUGAAAGAUCUUAGUAGAAAUCCGGUGGAUGGCUUCUCGGCUGGACUUGUUGACGAUUCUAAUAUCUUUGAAUGGAGCGUCACCGUGAUCGGGCCUCCGGAUACUCUAUAUGAUGGUGGUUAUUUCAAUGCUAUUAUGAGCUUCCCACAAAAUUAUCCUAACAGUCCCCCAUCAGUUAGGUUCACCUCAGAGAUGUGGCAUCCAAAUGUUUACCCUGAUGGUCGUGUUUGUAUAUCAAUUCUUCAUGCACCUGGGGACGAUCCUAAUGGCUAUGAGCUUGCAAGUGAACGUUGGACGCCUGUGCACACGGUUGAGAGCAUAGUUCUGAGCAUCAUUUCAAUGCUUUCAAGCCCCAAUGAUGAGUCUCCAGCAAAUGUUGAAGCUGCGCUUUUGCAGAAAGAAUGGAGGGAGAGGAAGGAUGAUUUUAAGAAGAAAGUUCGGCGCAUCGUGAGGCAGUCCCAAGAGAUGCUAUGAUUAUAUAAAAGCCUAAAGACCUCUGCUGUUGUAAGUGGAGCUAAAAACCAAGCUGCAGCAACUUUCUUUGCUCAAGCAGAAGCGUGUUUGUGGGAGAGAAUCAUUUGGUUGUCGAUGUCUUUUUGGAUGUCUUGUCGUCUUCUAUAUGUUUGUGUAGAAUUUAUUGAUGUUGGGUUUCUUAAGGAGAGACGUUACUUGGUUAUAAUAGAGAAAUAGCAGGUUUCAUGUUUUACAUGUUUGAUGAAUUGAAUUGGCGAGAUUUAUUUUUACCGUCCCCACUUAGUGGGAUAAAGGCUUGUCUUUGUUGUUGUUGU